AUAAAGAAGAAAUCAAAGCAUAUAUUUAUAAUGAAAAUAGAGGUAAUUUGCCUACCUUUAUAUUCUUAAGAUCCAUUUUCUGUGAAAGUUGGUUUCAGAAGGAUUCUGGCACUUCCCUUUUUUCGUGAUUAUUCUUAAACUGUAAGUAAACACAAGUGGUGCCUACUGACAUUUUUGUUUGUUUGCUUUCUUGUAGUCUAUCAUUCUGCCUGUUCAUAAUAGUGAAUGCUGGUUAGAUGAAUGCUUGGAGUCAGUUUUGGAGCAAGAUUUUAAAGGAACCAUGGAGCUGUCAGUUUUUAAUGAUGCCAGUGAGGACGGUUCAGCUGAAAUCAUUGAAAAAUGGAAGGUCAAGUUGGAAGACGCUGGUAUACCAGUAAUCAUAGGUAGCAAUGAUUCAUCUCAACCUGGAGGAGUUGGAUUUGCUAAGAAUCAAGCAGUAGCACAGAGCUCAGGAACCUAUCUCUGUUUUCUGGAUUCUGAUGAUGUGAUGAUGCCACAGCGGGUUAGACUGCAGCACGAAGCUGCCAUUCAGCAUCCGAAGAGUAUUAUUGGUUGCCAAGUCAGAAGAGAGCCAUUGGAGUCUACUGAACGGUAUACUCGUUGGAUCAAUAAUCUGACUGAAGAACAACUUCUUACACAGGUGUUUACCUCCCAUGGCCCUACUGUAAUCAUGCCAACCUGGUUCUGUUCCCGAGAAUGGUUUUAUCAUGUGGGCAAAUUCAAUGAGGGUGGAAAGGGUAUUCCAGAAGAUUUGCUGUUUUUUUAUAAGCAUAUUGAAAAGGGCGGUGAAGUGUUUCGAGUUGACCAUUGCCUCCUGCUGUACCGUUACCAUCCCCAGGCUGCAACUCGUUCUGUUCUAGAGGGAACUAUCUGGAACCACCGAGUCAGGUUUCUUGAAGACAGAGUCCUCAGCUACUGGGCGUCGUUCACCAUCUGGAACGCUGGCAAACAGGGCAAGAAGCUCUACAGAAGCUUGUCACCAGCUAGUCAGAAAAAGGAUUUGACAGGUGGAGCAUUUGAAGAAAACUUAAACACGCUGAACUUGAAAGAAGGGCUGGAUUAUUAUCACUUCAACUAAAAGCUGAGCUUUGCUGACAAUCCAGUUUGUCAAGAUGCCACAGCACAAACUCUUUCAGUUCUUAACGACACCUGAACCAAGAGUUUCGGUUUACAAAGCAACAGCCAGUGCCAGCAACUUCAUUACGCUGCGCUCUACAAAAGAGAAAGAAAAAAGAAGAGGUCACAAGGAGCAGAGAAUCUCACAAUCAUGUAAUAAGUGAGCUAAUUGGAGAUGAAAAUGUGACAAUAGGAAGUCACGUUUACAGUCUUUUUAUAACACUUUAAUUUUUUUUUUAACUACCCAUGAAUAAAUGCUAGUUGCGCAAGUUUUUUUUCAAGAA